AAUAAGUAAAAGCGGGGGCCUUUUGCAAGGGCGCUGUCGGCCAUGUUCGUCCCUUUAAAGGAUCAACGAGGCGGAGGCGCACGCGGAAAAGGACCGGACGGCCUCCGGUGCGCCUGCGCCGGGUGCAGUUUGAGAGAAUUUCCGUGCGUUUUUUUUUUUUUUUUUGCACAGCGUUUGAAUUUAAAAAGGGAGACGCGUACGUCGGAGCCGCCCCAAUUUAAGUGCCCUUUCGUUAUUUAUUUUAUCUUCGCUGUUCGGGGGUGUUAUGACGCGCCCUAGUGGUAAAGGGGGCGUCACUGCGCCUCGGGUUGGGUAACCUCCCAGACCGACGUCAGUGUGUUUGUGUAUGUGGAAUGCGGGACGAACGGAACUCAAGGCAAACAACGCCAGACAUCACACUCAAACGCCGCCUCGCAUCGGCCCGACGUGCUCUGUAUGUACAGUCCAAUUUACCUUUCAAAUCGGCGAGGGUUUAAAUCGUACGCAUAUCUCGGGAGAGUGGUUCUGGUUUUUGAUCUGAACGACUUUAGACCCAGUAUGGUCGCACCAGCGGUCCGCUAGGAAAAGAAGCGCAACGCCGUCAUUUAAAAUGGCGCCAAAGAUUAACCUCCGCCAGUGGAUCGCUGGUAAAUCUGUCACACUGUGCCCUGCGAGCAACCCCGAAUAGCAUAACAACAAUUUGCAUUAGCGGCACCAUUUUCGAUUUCAUCCGGGUCCUCUUGAGUUAUAAAUUAGAUUUGACUCCCGACUUUAAACUUAUCAAUGUUGGUAAUUAGCGCUCGAUAAGCGGCACCUUGGCAAAUAACUAGCUUAGCUCGCAGCUAACGAGCUAGCAGACCUAUAGUUAGCUAACCGCUACGUCAGCUAAAUUGAAGGCGCCGUCUCUUUGCUGGAGGAACUAGCUAGCGAAGCUAAUGCCUUAUUGAAAAUAUGAGCUAAACGCGUAUGUUCACCGUUCUUAUAACGCAAGUUGACCCGAAGGCUAGAUUUGAAAUUAAGGUGUCAAACUGAGCGCCGUGAUCUGGUAUGAGGCAUUAGCCGCAACUAACGCUUAUUUUCAGUGCGGGUGGGCCCAGUUAUUGCAUAACGCUAGAUUAGCUGCCUCAUAACCGUAGGGUGACCCAAACUGCAUAUCGUUGAGUCCUUCUUAAUAAACUACCACCAACCACAAAAAAAGGAGUAACUAGCAGUUAAUACACGCGUGUGCUUGCAUGCUGCUUUAGCACGAUAAAUAGCACAGAGCAGUCAGCCUGCUAACGUUAGCCGCUGUUUAGGCGACAGUCAUUGUUUUGACUCGGUGUUAUUGCUGGAGGAGGGGGCAUCCAGCCACGUCGGGGCUAACCGCUAGCUAGUCGCGGUGUCAGCGGACUCCGUCCAUCCGGGACGCGCGGGGGAUUAAAGUCCUCACACAUGAGCGCGGACGAGGCGUCCGCGCGCUGAGCCGCUGCCGCUGUGACGCGCAGUGUCCUCGGAACUGUGCACGUGGCAUCCCUGUGUUGUCACCACCCGGGACGCCGGUUGCGUUGUGACAAGGGGUGUCCCGUCGGGGCGGGCAGUGAACGCGGUGUGUUUACGCGGUUCACACGUGUUCCAGAGGACUUGCACGGUUUACAUGGCUUGAUCGCGGUUAAUCAUAACGACUGAUAACAUUCAUAACGCGAGGAGCAGUCAUACUGCCGGUUCAACACUGCACAAGGUACUGAGUAGUUUCCACUGCAGUUAGGAAUCCCCGCACCAGAGAGCCCUCGACACAGACGAUCAUGAAGAGAACCAGGCACCCGAGCAGCAGCGAUGACUCCGACAAUGGAAGUAACUCCACCUGCUGGUCCCAGCAUUCAAAAUCCCAGCCCAGGAGAGGCAAUGGGCAGAAGCCCUCUGAGGUUUUCCGGACGGACCUGAUCACAGCCAUGAAAGUGCACGACUCCUACCAGCUGAACCCUGAAGACUAUUAUGUUCUGGCUGACCCUUGGAGGCAGGAGUGGGAGAAGGGUGUCCAAGUCCCAGUCAGCCCCCAGUCCAUCCCACAGCCUGUAGUACAGGUGCUAGCUGAGAAAGGGAAGGAUGUCAUGUUCACCAAGCCCAAGAAGUUGAUCCGCACAUCAGGGUCAGAGGCGCUAGGCUACGUGGACAUCCGGACGCUGGCAGACGGCAUGUGUCGAUAUGACCUGAAUGAAGAGGAUGUGGCUUGGCUGCAGAUCAUCAACGAGGAGUUUACAGAGAUGGGCAUGCCCCUGCUGGAUGAGAUCACCAUGGAGCGGGUGAUUGAAGAGUUUGAGCACCGCUGCCAUGACAACAUGACACAUGCCAUGGAGACAGAGGAGGGGCUGGGCAUCGAGUAUGAUGAGGAUGUGGUGUGCGACGUGUGCCAGUCGCCUGACGGGGAGGACAACAACGAGAUGGUCUUCUGUGACAAGUGCAACAUAUGUGUGCACCAGGCGUGUUAUGGCAUCCAGAAAGUGCCCAAGGGAAGCUGGCUGUGCCGGAUCUGUGCCCUCGGCAUCCUGCCCAAGUGCCAGCUGUGUCCUAAGAAAGGUGGAGCCAUGAAGCCCACCCGGAGCGGAACCAAGUGGGUCCACGUCAGCUGUGCCUUGUGGAUUCCAGAGGUGAGCAUAGGGAAUCCAGAGAAGAUGGAGCCCAUAACCAACGUUUCCCACAUUCCCAGUAACAGAUGGGCGCUGAUCUGCUGCCUGUGUAAGGAGAAGACGGGUGCAUGCAUACAGUGCUCAGCAAAAAACUGCCGGAUUGCCUUCCACGUAACGUGCGGCCUCCACGCCAACCUGGAGAUGAACACUAUCCUGACCGAGGACGAUGAGGUGAAGUUCAAGUCGUAUUGUCCCAAACACUCCGGGCUGGAGGGGGCAGACCGAGACUCUGGAGACGAGGAGGAGAAGGAGGGCUCUAGCGACAAGAAAAGUAAGAGGAGGGGGAGAGUGAGAGAGGAGGAAGACCCCUCCUCACCCCCUGCUCCUCUCUCUCUCCCAGCCAGAGCUCCCGGCGAGUCGGAGGCCGUCUGCAGUCGACAGCAAGAGGAAAAGAGGGUCAACCUCCGUAAGCUGAAGCUACAGGAGCUUGAGGAGGACUUCUUCCAGUUUGUGGAGGUUGAGGAGGUGGCACAGCACCUGAAGCUGGCCCAGGAAGCAGUGGACUACCUCUACCAAUAUUGGAAGCUCAAACGCAAAGCCAACUUCAACCAACCGCUCCUCACCCCCAAGAAGGACGAGGAGGAGAGCCUGGCACGGCGUGAGCAGGAAGUCCUGCUCCGCCGCCUCCAGCUCUUCACGCACCUCCGCCAGGACCUGGAGAGGGUGCGGAACCUGACCUACAUGGUGACCCGGAGGGAGAAGAUGAAGCGCUCCCUAUGGCGUGUGCAGGAGCAGAUCUUCCAGCACCAGGUCCGCCUGCUCGACCAAAAGCUGCUCACUGGGGAUCCUUCAGCGAAGGACCUGGAGAAAGUCUUCUCCCUAAGCUGGCUAUCGACCCAGAGCUCCCAGUCCCGCUCCUCAUGGGGCCACUCUGGCCUAAAGACUAAACGAGGCUUCUUAAAGCAGGAGAAGAGAAAGAGCAGCCACAGGAGGGCGAGUCCCGACUCCCCGCACACCCGAAAAGACGACUGCAGUAAACCACUGGAAGCAAAGGAUGUAGAGGAAAAGGAGCCUGUGUCUGCUGAGGCAUCCAGCCAAACCAGAAUACCCAACUCUGACAGUAAGCAGGGCUCUCAACACCCGAGACUACAGAGGCCGGAUAUCAACCAGGAAAGUAACCAUGUCAAGUUGCACAAGUCUGAGAGCCGCAGAGGCUUGAGGAAGGAGGCCCCAGGCCACGAACUGGAGGAAGAGGAGGGGGAGGAGCAGGGGGAAGGAAGGAGCAGGGAGGACGCGGCACUGACUAGGCGGAAGCGAGACAGUGAGCGCGAGCAGGAGGAGAGGAGGAAGAAGAGGAGGAACGGGCCCAUGGAAAGCUCCCCCAUCCAGAUGAAAAGCAGGCUGGGGUCAAAGGCCAUGGAGAAAACAGUGUCCAUCAGACUGAUUGAUAUCAGAGCCUCUGACAUUGACAACUACUGCAAGAAUGCAGGAACACCAUACAAAGGCCAUAUACCUCUGGAUUCCGCAGCCAACAGCAAGUCCAACAAAACCAACACGGCCCAGGACCCCACUUCUGCCGCCAAGCCCAACAGCUGGUUGAAGAAGGCCCAGGGUGCGCAGGUGAACUGCUCCCCCUCGUCCAACGGACCCAUGGGCAGCAAUCUCAAAAACUGGGGGAAGUUCAGGAUCCCCAAGAGAAGCGACAGACCCUCGGGAACGUCAAAGGAGCUGGAGGCCCUGGCGACGUCACCCCCGCCCAGGAAACCCCUCCUCAGGCCUCUCACCAACACCCCGGAGCCUUCAUACCCCAGGACACGGCUACGCACCGGAGCGGAGAACAACGCCUAUGCCGCCGACACCAAGCCCACCGACGGAGAGGUGGAGCCCUGUCUGAAAAGGUGCCACUCCCACCAGUUGAGGGGCGACGCAUCCCUGAGCCGUCGCUACGGCUCUGACAUCAUCCGCAGAGGGGUGCUGGCCUCCUGAUGGCAGUCUGCCACGGGUGUCGGGGGAAAACACUUGAAAUAAGCUGCACUGUGGUAGUCGAGGAAGACGCAAACCCAGUCGUUUCUCUCAUUGAAUCUUUAUUUUUCUCGAAAAGUCAUGGAAAUGCCUAGAUUAACAGAGCUGAUAUUUAUUUUUUAUUUGUAACAUAUGUACAAAAAAUUGUGAAAUAUUAUACUUUUUUUGUUCUUUUUCUCCAGGAGUAGAAUGAUGUCAAGUUGCCACUAAACUCACCCUCAACUAAUUGCAAGCAAAAGCUUCAACGAGGACGGAGUUGUGAUUGUCGCUCGGGACCAUAAACUUGCAUUGCUAGCUUUUUAUUUUCCACGUAGUAUUAUUACACCUGGCCAUGAGUCAAUUGCACUUGGUGUGAACACGCGUCUCUCCAUCAUGCUACUAGAAUCAGAAUCGCUUGGUAUCUGAACAAUUCUCCGGCAAAAUCAGUAGAGAACUCUGAACGUGAACUCCAUACUGCUUUCAUCACCGUUUUAAACUUCGGCUCUGAUCAUUGUCAGCCAUCGUGCAGACCUCACGGGGGCUGCAGCCGUGACUUAUGAAUAAUGAAGGGGGGAAAUUUCUACAAAGGGAAUUUUGAAUGACCUUUGAGUUGUCGUCAGCACUCGAGUGUAAUUGAACAGCGAUGUCGUAUCCAUCAUGUGCCUAUCUUUUAUUUGAAGCGUUUGCACUAAGAGAGGACGGCACAGGUAUGAGGUAUGAGUAGAGUUAUUUUUACACUGAAGAAAAAGCGUUUUGUACCUUACGCCGCUACUGUACUACUGUUAUGCAAAAUGAAUUUUAUUUUGUCUUGUCUUAAGAGGAAUAAAAUCCGGGAGGAUUUUCGGUGGCGGCA